AUGUUUCGAUCGCAAGGUUAUUCAAAUAAACCACCGAGCCGCAUAGUGGGCGGUCGGGAAACGUCGAUCGAGGAGCACCCCUGGCAGGUGUCGCUGCAGGCCUACGGAUUCCAUUUCUGCGGCGGUAGUAUCAUUUCGGAGAAGGUCAUUCUCACUGCCGGACACUGCACUCAGAGUUACCCCGCCAAGAUGAUGACUGUGAGAGUUGGUAGCUCCAGGACUGCCGAAGGUGGUGCACUGCUCCAAGUUGACGAGAUUGUCCGUCACGAAAACUUCAAGAUCAACAUGUUUGGUAUCCCCGAGAACGACGUUGCUAUCUUAAAACUCAAAACGCCCGUUACGCUUGGAAAAACCACCCAACCCAUUCCACUCUUCGAUUUGGCUGAGGAAGCGAUUGAAGGUUCCCUUGCUACCAUCUCAGGCUGGGGUGCAACAGUAGAAGGUGGCAAUGCUCCCGCGUCACUUCGUACCGUCGACGUCCCCAUCGUCACUAAAACCGUGUGUGGUCGAGCAUAUCAAAAUUGGGGUGGUAUUCCCGAAGGUCAAAUCUGCGCUGCUUAUCCGCAAGGAGGAAAGGAUACCUGCCAAGGUGACUCUGGCGGUCCUCUUGUCAUUGCUGGUCGCCAAGCUGGCAUUGUCUCGUGGGGUAAUGGAUGUGCCAGGAAGGGUUAUCCAGGUGUCUACACUGAAAUCGCUGCUGUCCGCGACUGGAUUACCAAACAUGCCGAUGUUUAGUUAAUUAUUUACGCCUUUUUAUUGAAUGUCUUACUCUAUAUACUUGAAAUAAUAAUAUGAAAUCAAUUAUAAAU